GAGAAAAGAAAGUAUUCAUCCGUACCUAACACGCACCGAUCCUCCUCUCCGCCGGCCGUCACACUCCCCCCCCCGUUCUCCGCCGCUCCACCCCACCUACCGCCCCUGCUCGAGUGCUCCGCCGCCCUCCACUCCGCACGCACGGGCACGACACGAGCUAGCCGCGAUGUCAUGGCUCGCGCGCUCCAUCGCGGCCACUCUCACCUCCGCCCACUCCGACGACGACGACUCCGAGGCCACCUCCGGCGACAAGAGCCCGCCGCGCGCCUCCGACCCGGAAAGCGCUGACGAUGGGGAGCCCGAAGAGCAGCCGGAGACUCCGAGCCGCGGCGUCAAGGGCGACAUCUCUGAGUUGACCGAGUCGCUCACCCGCCGGCUCUGGGGCGUCGCUUCCUUCCUCGCACCGCCACCGGCCGAAGCCGAGGAGGAGGAGGAGGCGGCGGCGGCGGAUGCAGGUACGGAGGAGGAGGAGGGGGCUCAGUCGCCGCGGAUCGCCGGGAUCCGGAGCGACCUGGCGGAGAUCGGGGGCAGGGUCAGGAGCGGCAUCUCGAUGCUGUCGAACGCCAACGCCGUCACGGAGAUCUCCAGGUUCGCGUCGUCGUUCCUGCCAUUCGGGCCCGGGGAGGAGGGGGAGGGCGAGGGCGAGGCGGUCGGUGUGACCGAGGAUGUGGUGGUGUUCGUGAGGCACAUCUCGGAGCAUCCCAAGACGUGGCUCGAUUUCCCCUUGUUCGUCGAUGACCUACACGCGGAUGAUUUUGAACUGUCAGACGCACAAUACGGACAUGCAGUGGCUAUAGAGCGCCUUGUGCCAAGCCUGUCGUAUCUCAGGACUGAGCUUUGCUCUACCAAUAUGAGUGAAGCAUGCUUUUGGAAGAUCUAUUUUGUGCUUCUUCAUUCAAAACUAAACAAGCAAGAUGCCGAACUUCUUUCAACGCCACAAAUCCUGGAAGCAAGAGAAGAAUUAUUGCAAAGUUCACCAACAAAGAACAAGCCAUCAUCUGAGGGGCCGUCAUCGGGAAACAGGAAUGUUCCCUCUACCCAACCUGAAGAAGAGUUCUCACCCUCAAGCACCCAAAACAAGAGUGGAAUAUCUGAAGCACCUUCAUUCCAAAAACCAACUUCUGAGCCUGUGCCAGACGUUGAGGCUGACAAGCAUCCUAUUUCAACUACUGAGGCAGAAAUAAUCGACAAGUCUGUAAUCCAAGAAGAGUUGGUGGUGAAAAAUGAGAUGACGAGUGUACCCAUUGAGAAGUCUAACCUGUACAAUGCGGAGGAUGAUGACGAAGAAGUGGACGACUGGCUACAAGAUAUGGCCCCUGUGCCCAGUAAAACAGGCAACACCACUUCGGUAGGGGAGGAGGAAGAUGUAUCCUUCAGCGAUCUGGAGGAUGAUUAAGGGAAGGCCAUUAUGCAAGCCCUUAUCAGUUAGCUAGAUGGUAAACUCGGCUUGAAGAACACUCACAGCUACUGAAUCAGUCUGGCGCUUCAAUGUGAUGGCGGCUCCAUGAAGAACACUCACUGUCACUGCUGCCGAAAGAUCAUCACCCUGCCUCUGUACUACUUCACUGCCUGGUUAUUGGAUAUGCAGUAGCGAAAUCACGAUAACAAUGUCCCGGAGUCUUGUGUUUGUCCUAGUUGCAAGUUCAUGUAUCUGCACUGUCGACCGUUCUCUGUACAUAGAGUUUUACAUGUGGAACACUCCUACCGUAUCACUGCCCCUGCGAACUGCUGUUGAUACGAGAUUCUGAAUGUAAUAUAUUAGUAUCAUCUAUGGCUGUCAGAUAUCGUGUAACAUGUAGAUAUCUUGAGAGUUCUUUAUUGAGGAACAGGCUGCAUGUAACCUUUUUUUGAGCGAUGCUAAGAGCAUUUCAUGAACCGAGGGAAUCGUGCUGUGAGUUUGUGGCCA